UGAGGGCCGCCGGGUCGGGGCGGAGGGCUGCGGGCCCGCGCCUCCGCAGCAGCGCGGCCGGCGCCGGGCUAGGAGGAUGCGCGGCGCCGGGCUCUGAAGCAUGGAGGGGGUUCUGUACAAGUGGACCAACUAUCUCACAGGUUGGCAGCCUCGCUGGUUCGUUCUGGAUAAUGGAAUCCUGUCCUACUAUGACUCACAGGAUGACGUCUGCAAAGGGAGCAAAGGGAGCAUAAAGAUGGCAGUGUGUGAGAUUAAAGUCCAUUCAGCAGACAACACAAGGAUGGAGUUAAUCAUUCCUGGAGAGCAGCAUUUCUACAUGAAGGCCGUAAAUGCCGCCGAGAGACAGAGGUGGCUGGUCGCCCUUGGGAGCUCCAAAGCGUGUUUGACUGACACAAGGACUGCAAAAGAAAAAGAAAUAAGUGAGACCAGUGAGUCUCUGAAAACCAAAAUGUCGGAACUUCGCCUCUACUGUGACCUCCUGAUGCAGCAGGUUCAUACGGUGCAGGAGUUUGUUCACCACGAUGAGAAGCGCCCAUCUCCCAGUGUUGAGAACAUGAACGAAGCCUCCUCCCUACUCAGUGCCACCUGUAAUACAUUCCUCACGACCCUCGAGGAGUGCGUGAAGAUAGCGAACUCAAAGUUUAAGCCCGAGAUGUUUCAACUGCCUCAUCCGGAUCCCCUGGUGUCUCCUGUGUCGCCCUCUCCUGUUCAGAUGAUGAAGCGUUCUGCCAGCCACCCUGGUUCCUGCAGCUCGGAGAGGAGUGGCUGCUCCAUCAGAGAACCAGCAUUUGUCCUUCACCGACUGCCUCAGCGACGCCACAGAACCUACUCGGACACGGACUCUUGUAAUGACGUUCCCCCUGAAGACCCAGACAGACCUCUUCACUGUUCAGGAAACACACUUAAUGGCGAUUUGGCAUCAGCAACCAUUCCUGAAGAAAGCAGACUUAUGGCCAAGACACACUCUGCAUCUGAAGAUCCUCUUCCACCCUUCUCCUGAGGAAACGGACACACCCUGCUUCCUCUGAGUGUUGCUAUGCAAAAGCUGCUGUAACUAAACUGUUCUGGGGUGGCGUUCCCCUCUCCUUAGGAUUUCUCUGCACUUUAUAGAAUAUUGUAAACAAACGACCCACAUACUUUUGAAGUGUAUUUUAUCUUUCUAUAGUUUACUUGCGAGAGUAUUUUCCUAAUAACUUCACAGUAUGAAUGUGCAUCUUUUUUUUUUUUU